UUCCAUCUGCCCCACGAACCAUCUUCUGUCAUUCCUUUUCUCCUUAAAAAAAAUCUCUAAUGGCGUCCGACAAAGCCGUCGAGACAUCGAUCAACAUCCCAGAAACCAAGUCCAAUUCCAAAGGCAAAGCCCCGUUAGUUGUCUCCUCGAACGGCGGUGGCGUAAAACCGCCGCCGAAACGGGGAGUGAAAAAAGAAUUCGCCAUAGGUGACUUCAUUUUAAGGCUGUGCGCCAUGGGAGCCACCACCGGCGCCGCCGUGACAGUGGGGAAUGCUCAACAAACUCUCCCUUUUUUCACUCAGUUCUUCCAGUUCCAAGCUCAGUACAAUGAUAUUCCAACUCUGGUGUUUUUCAUGAUAGCAAACGCCAUAGUUACCGGAUAUCUAGUCCUUUCAUUGCCAUUCUCCAUCAUCUGCAUCAUCCGUCCACUCGCAACAACUCCGAAGCUCCUCCUUGUCAUAUUCGAUGCUGCGAUGGCGGGUUUAACGAUAGCCGCGGCCUCGGCCACGGCUUCGAUCAUAUAUCUGGCUCACAACGGGAACCCGAACACGAACUGGCUUCCAUUUUGCCAACAGUUCGGCAAUUUCUGUCAAAGUGUGAGCGGAGCAGUCGUGGGUUCUCUCAUAGCCGGCACUCUCCUCUUGUUUAUACUUAUCCUUUCAGCUUUUUCUCUUAAAAGAAGAUAG